GGGUACGGGAAGUACUCCCAACACACUUAUUACACUUUCGACUGCUGCACUGGACCUUUUUUCCUUGGGGUGGAACAUUUGGGUGAAAGAAAACAUCUACCUAUGUGAAAGAUCUGAGUGAUGGAAACAUUUGGAUAACUACAUUCUACAAUAGGAAAUUUAAAUCGCUGGAUUUGAAACUUUGUAGCAUCAGGGAUGAAUGCAUUUGAAUAUGUUUUUGCCUGAUUCUGGGUGUUCAUAUGGAGUAUACAAGCUGUCCAGCUGGAUUGGAAAACUUCUGUUGCAACUGACAGGAAUGGAAUACCAAAUUCAAUAAUGGAUAUUAAUUUGUUUUCAUUGGUUUUUCCAUGGAGUUGCAUCGUCAUGAAAUGAACUCAUCUGGAGGGGAAUGAACAUGAAUGUGUGGGGUUGAAUUUCUUAAUUUGAUGAAACUUAUCCAAAACAAAAAAAGAAGAUCUUUAUUGUUUAAUGGAUUGUAUCUUAAAAAGUUAUUUUCCAUGAUCUCCUACUUGAGGCUGGGGGCAUGUACAUGCAGCAACUUUGAAGCACUGGGAAGUAUUAUGGCUUACAGCAAGUGUCUAUAUAUAUGUGGUAGUGAGGAUUCUUAAGGAGGAAGCAACUCCUUCUCAGAGAACUUAAGUUACUCAACAGCAAAUAGAUACGAGACCCUGGGAGUUGUUAUUGUCACAAGAUUUAUGAUUCAGUAUCCUUUCAAAUUAAUUUAAUGUCAUUCAUACUGGCAUUUUGUUGACAUUGAAAUAUGUUUAGCAUCAGCAAUUUCUGGAGAGAUCUGUGGGCCUAGAAGAGAAACAAUAAUCACAUUUCUUUGUCUGAUAUAUAUCAUUAAAGAGUAUAAAUUCACUGCAUGUAUAAAACAUUAUACCAAUAGCAGUCAUAGUUGACAUAUGUCAAAUUUUACUUCUGUGUCACUUAGUACAUAGAUAUCUGUUAUCAUUUACAACGUCAUCAGACAUUUAAUACUGACAGGCUUGCAUGGUCUGACACAUACCUACCAAUCUUCAUUAUCAGGCCUAAUCGCACGUGUUAGUGUGUCUGUUAAUAAGAUACUGCACACAUGUGAUACAACAUGUAACACAAAGGAUGACACCAGUCUUCACUGGCUUCACUGGAGGCAGUAUUAUCUUUUACCAACCUUGCCUCAUUAUUAAGCCUAAUUAGGCUGACAGAUCAAGUGGUGCACUCCUGUUCUGGUCCAGGACAUCAUGUUUACAGAGCUUGGGGCCUGAUACCCAGUUUCAUCAAGCUUCCUGACCUAAUGAAUUUGGUAUUCUAAAUUAUCACGUUAGAGAAUGCUUCUGGCAAGUAGCUUUUAGCUAACUAGCAUUUCCAAGACAAAAUCCUGUACCAUGCCAUGGGUAACCAUCCCAACAUAUAUAGAUAUAUCACCAAAGGCUUCAGAAUAGGUUUGAGGAAGAGAUGUUUGGUAUCUGACUAGACCGCUGUUUCAUUUGUAGAAGGACUUGUGACUUAUCAUUUGUUCAUAUAGAACAGACAUUCAUGGAUUUCAUAUGGACUUGAGAGGAUUCAAUCAUUGUGUAGAAAGUGGAUUCUUUGAAAAUGUUAACUUUCAGCCAUGAUCCUAAAGAAUUGUGAAUUAUCACAUCUUGAAAUUCUGUGUUGAAACACCAAAGUUCUUUUUCAUGUGGCUGUUAUGUGUUACCUCAUACAUGUGAACUGUUACAUACUGAAACGGUUAUGAAAGUGGAUAACACUUUGGUUGAUUUAACCAACAGUCAUAAUGUGGUUUGCUGUAUCCUGUAUUCCACCUGUUCCUCAAAGUACAGGACCAUUCAAUCCCCUCGUGGCCCUUUCAGACAUGCCAAUGACCAUCAAACCUCAAUAUAAAGCACAAUGUGGCCAGUGGUACAAUGCAAGUCUUUGUAGACCACUGCAAAUAGCUAAUAGUCAACAUGACAUUGUGGCAUACAAGAAUGGUAUGUUGUCAUCAAGACAAAGCGAAAGAGCCACUGAAAGCUGUUUCCCACCAGUAGGAGCCCCAUGGGCUUUGGAUGGAGAUAUCUCUGAAUCAUAUCGAAAUGGCUUUCGGUAUCCAAGAAACCUUGAACAAAAGUUGAUACCCAGACCUCUGAAACAUUCCGGUAAUGGUUUGGUGCAAAGUGAUUCUAGUCAAUCUACUCUUAAUAAGUUGGAUUUUCAGUUUUCAAGAGCCAGUUUUAUACACAGCCCACAGAUCAAACAAUCAUUCAUUUAUGAAAACCAUGGACUCUUUUCUACAGAGAGCAAGUCAAGACAAGUGUAUCAAUGCAAACAAACAAACACACCAAUUAAGCAGCUUAAUCGUAAGAAUCCAACUCAAAACAGUGGAACUACUUUGUUUCCAAAAAGUCCACACUGUCAAAUACAGUCUCAAAUACCAAAGAAAGUGGCCAGUUUUAAGAGAAAUGAUACCCCUAUGCAGUUUCUUCAAAGAAGUACAUAUUUUGGCGAGCACUGCUUGAUGAGGAAUGAAAGCAGCAGAGAAUACUGUCAACAAUUUUCAAAUGUCUCCACCCCAAGGGAACAGUGCUCAGUUUGUGGCACUUCCAGGCAGGGCAGAGCUUGUUUCCAUGGUAACUUUGAAAUGAGUCCCCAACAGGGCAGUCUCCACAGGUCCCACCGUGUGAGUGGAGAAAGCCGCUAUGCCACCCAGAUUUCUCUUGCCUCCACCCAAAAGCAAGGGACCAACUCUAGCAGGGUCAAGAAUUCUCACUAUAACUUGGAGGCAAAAGCUGGGUCAUCAGUGGCUCCCACCACAACAUUACCCCACCUGAACACUGAUCGACAUGGUCACAGCCACAAGCACCACCAAGAACAUGUUACUGAACAAAACAACAAUACCCUGCCCCAGCUCAAACAGACAGAUGGGGUGUCAGGGGCAUCUUCCUUCACAGGAGAGAGGACCAAGAGAGACCAAUAUGGCAACAAAAUCCCCAUGACUCCUGCUGAGGCACUCAAAUUAUACAGGAGUAAACUUUCACAAUUUGAACAAACUGAAAUUUUGGACUAUCCUGAAGUUUGGUUCAUGGGCCUAGAAGCCAAGAAGAUUGAAGGAAUUCCUGGUGGGGCUCAAAACAAUGGUUAUGAUGAUGACAAUGGUUCAUACAUCAAGGUUAUAGGUGACCAUCUUGCAUUUCGCUAUGAGAUAAUGGAAGUGAUUGGGAAAGGAUCUUUUGGUCAGGUAGUCCUGGUAUUUGACCACAAGAUUCGAAAAGAGUUUGCUGUUAAAAUUAUCAGAAACAAGAAGAGGUUCCAUCACCAGGCAUUGGUAGAGGUGAAGAUUCUGGAUGCUUUACGGUGCAAGGACAAGGACAACCAGUACAAUAUCAUCCAUAUGUUAGAGUACUUUUACUUCAGAAACCAUCUCUGUAUCACAUUCGAACUCAUGGGAAUGAAUCUCUAUGAGUUGAUCAAGAAGAAUAACUUCCAGGGAUUCAGUAUUGCACUUAUCAGGAGGUUUGCCUUCUCGUUACUUCAGUGUCUCAAGGUUCUUCAAAGGGAACGGAUAAUCCACUGUGAUUUAAAACCAGAAAACAUCUUGUUACGACAAAGGGGUCAAAGUUCUAUAAAGGUCAUAGAUUUUGGUUCUAGCUGCUAUGAGCAUCAAAGAGUGUACACAUACAUACAGAGCCGAUUCUACAGGUCUCCAGAGGUGAUACUAGGUUUGCCCUACUCCAUGCCUAUUGACAUGUGGAGUUUUGGUUGUAUCCUGGCUGAGUUGUACACAGGCUAUCCUUUGUUCCCUGGGGAGAAUGAGGUGGAGCAAUUAGCCUGCAUCAUGGAGGUAUUGGGACUCCCACCUCAGAAUGUCUUAGACCAGGCAACUAGGAGAAGGCUGUUCUUUGAUUCUAAAGGUAAUCCCCGAUGUCUUACAAAUAGUAAAGGCAAGAAGAGGAGAGUGGCAUCCAAGGAUCUACAGCAAGCAAUCAAAACUAGUGAUGCUAGCUUCCUGGACUUUAUAAGAAGAUGCAUAGAAUGGGAUCCAUCUGUGCGAAUGACAUCAGAUGAAGCACUGCAUCAUGACUGGAUCAAGGAAGGGCUAGUUCACCGCAAAGACAGAGUUCUGAAAGGGCAGCACAAACGACAUACAUCUCCAGGAAGUGAGGGACAGCAGCCUGAUCCCUACAAGGUUCCUGCUCAACCACCUGUAAAAGAGAAGACAAAGGUGGAUGAGUGGAAGAUGUCGCUGAAGGAGAAGCGCAGUGCAAAAACACGGGAGAGAGUUCCACCAGUUGGGACGUCUGCAGAGCAAACACAUGAAGAGACAGGCAGGGAUCCUGGUACAAAGAAGGAAGAUCAAGAGUCUUCUGAAGACCCUUCUGAGAAAGCAAAAAAGGUCCAAUCAAAUGAGAAGCGGCCAUCAGAGGAUUCAGGUGUAGAGAAAUUAACACAGUCAGAAAAGAUUCACCAUCAAGACAGCGGUGUGGAAGAAAGUAAAGACCACCCCCAGGAUAAUAAUGUAGAUGAAGCAGGGAAGUUUCUACCACCAAUUGCAAAAUGAUUUCUCCACAAGUCAGUGCACAUACCCGGUUACAUGGAAUUAAUUCAUACUUUGUGUGAAUAUAUCAAGUCAGUAUUAUUACAAUUGAAAUCUUGUACUAAAACAAGAUUUUUCAUAUCUACAACAACCACAAAACAUUAGUCUGUGGUGCAAGUCUUCAAUUAAAUGGAAUGCUAUGAUUAUUACUGAACAGUUAACACAUUGAUGUUCAUGAGAGAGAAAUACUGGAAUCUUUGAAUUGCUGCAGUUCUUAUGUUAUCUGUUUAAGGAACCAUGUAAAAAGAAUAAUUCUAAAAUGGUAACAAAUUCUUGUCAUUCCAAGGUACCCUUUAUGCACAGGUUGUUGUUCAGUAGUUACAUGACAGCAUUAUCAUCCAUAACGAUUUUGUCUCUAAAUAUUUUGUUAACCAAAGCACAGUGCCCACUGUCUGAUAUUGAACGUCAUCAUACGUAUGCCAAACAUAUAUCGUCUUUACAAUGCAUGUGUUUCACUACAGGUCAUUCUCUUUCAUGAUGAACCAAUUGAUACAAUCUAUUGCAGUAUUUCUUUCGAUCUGCCUCAAUAUAAAUACAUGACCCAUAACUGGAUUUCUCUGUGUGAGUUUUUCAUGAUGGGAUUUUGUACUUGUCUUACUCUUUCUGAACACUUCUACAAUGUAGACAGAAAUAUGCAGAUAAAAGGUUGGAGGUUGUAGGUUUGUAUUAUUUCCAUGCCAUUAUUGAAGCAGACAAACUUCGAGAGGCAUAAGUGUAAUGUGCCUGAUUAUUUGCUCAAGAGGUAUAAUUACUGUAACAAAGAGUGAUGUUCAUAUAGUACAUUAUACAUUUCUGAAACAUUUUUUAAGCAAAUGCUGAUCAGUAUUGAGUGUAUAUUUAUAAUUGUCAAAAUAUUUAUGAAUACUAUUAAAGGUGUUUGCAAUGUAUAGAGAUUGAUGAUUUGCUGUUGGAUUGCUCAAGUCAUUGUUAUCAAUGUAUAUAUCAUUGACUCAUUGUUUGUUGUUACUGUACAUACUGCAACAUAUAUAUAUGUUAAUACAUUGUUUCUUUACCAUACCAGUAUCAGGGUCAGCAUGUUCUUUCUUUAAAAUAUUACAACUUUCGGUAUGUAAUUUUAUGCUUUAACAGUAUCAACUACGAUUUAUUUUGCUGGAAAAUUGAACUCACACUUCUUUAUCUAAUGAAAUUAUUUUAUAACUUUUAUGAUCUUUUUCUGUGAUUGUUCUAGACUGUUAUUGUGUUGAAAUUUAAAUUAUUUUGUUAUGCAGAGAUUAAAAUCCGUUUUCAACUAUUCUCUUUUAUUUCUACAUGAUAUAUGUGAUGAUACAUUUCUGAUCCUAUUCACGAAAUAGUGGUAUAUAUUGUUUGAAGUUGUUUGAAGUCAGAAUGUAAUCAGAUGUGAAUAAUAUUAUGGCCAUUUUUUUUAUGAAAGAAAAAUCAUCAUAUAAUCUUUUAUAUGGAGAUGUCUGACGUUUAGUGUUCUCCAUAUGCAAGUCCAGUCUUCUUGUGUUUAUGACCCAAGAUUUUAGCAAAGAGUCUCAUACUUUCCAAAAGAAAUGUUUUUGUAUAAAAAAUGAACAUGUGACUUCACAUGGGUAUUAUUGUGAACCUUGUCAAAUAACUACCGUUAAGUAUCAUAUGAAAAUUUAUUGUGAGGAUUGAAGUCAUUUGCAUUGAAUGUUUUGCAUUUAUAACCAAGCAUGAAAAUUUAAUUGCUUUAAACUGGAAGUCAUAAGGUUGCAAUUUUCUGACAUGUUCCCUUAUAGGCAAAAUCUUGUGUUUUGUGGUUUUAUGCAUUCUUGAAGUUAAGGUUAAUUAUUUUCAAUCAUGCUGGAUGUGAUUUAUAUUUUCACUUUGUUUGAUAGAAUUUUCAGUUUACUGACAUUCAGCCAAGCGCAACACAUUUGAAAUUGCAAUAUAAGUAACAUGUGAUUUGCAUGUAGUCUCCUUUUGACUGCAGCUUUCACUGUAAUACAUUUUAAAAAAUAAGUAAGAAAUUCAGUAGAGUGUAUUUAUUUUGUGUAUGGUUGUGUGCAAUAAAUGCUGUGAUUUAAUGACGGUUAACAUUAUGCUCUGUUAAAUUUGAGGGAAAUUGAAUUAGGGUUGUUAUAUGAAGUGUGUUUGUACAUAUGCAAAUCCUAAUAUUUUGCAUCCAUGCUCCAGUGUUAAAAUAUGUUAUAACCUGUUAACAAAGUUCAUCUUAGUAAAAAGGAAAUACAAAAUUUCUUUAGAUAUCAGUAUUACUCAGCGACUCCGUCCAUGUAUACAACAAUACUGUGUGUAUCUCUAUUGAAGUAUGUGUUUUAUCACUGUUGUGACUUCUCUUCAUAUCUGGUUCAUUGAGUACCAGUGUUUGUUGGCUCUUAAAAUCUGGAAUAAGUAACAUUGCAGACAACAGAGAAGCAAUGGUAAUUUUGCUAGCAAUGUUUCAUCAUAUGGUUUUAUAAUGGAGGCUUGUGAAAGAUGUGUUCUGAUUAUUCACAUUCUCAGAUUAGUGAGUUUUUAUCACAUUUAUCAGAGUUUUAUUUCUGGACAAUAUUCUUGAUUGGAGACUUGAGGGACAAAGAUGUCUGCAUAUACCAUAACAGGAAGUUAUAGGUGUCCAACUUUCAUUCAUGAUCUGAAACUGAUUAGAUGAUGUUUGGCACAUAUUACACCAGAGACCAUAUAAUAAUGAUCUCUGGUUACACAUACAAUCCCAUAUGCAUAACUAUAUAGUCUCCUGACCUCUCUGUCUGGCAGAUUGGACCCAGUAUCAAGAUCUCAAAUCAUGGUAUCCAAGCUUGUUACCAUUGCACUAAAGUUUACUUCUUUGGGCUCCAUGCACUCAACUUGGUGACCAUGUUGCUGAAUCUGUGGUAAUUCCUGUUGACAAUCCCCAUGAAUGUGUAUGAAAUGGCUCCUAACCCAGCUCUCCAAAAUCAGUCUUACAGAUUGUAUGUAUAAAGAUUGUGUAUCAUGACUACUCCCAAUGGUGUGUAAACUCUUCUUCGUGGGACUGUCAGACACUGGCCGUCCUUAUUCCAAAACCUCAGGGACGUUAUCAUCGGUGUUGAUCUGGUCCAAGUCAUCAAGCAUGAUACUUGUUCCCCCCUCAUGGCCUCUUGGCUUGGGUAGUUUUCUGAGCCUGCUUGGGUGCUUUAGUGCAUGUUGCUCUGUCCUGAUGAAAGAAAUUUUUGUGGAAACAUGCUCUCAAACAGAAGAGGCAACAUGACUGACUAAGUGGAGAAUCAGAUGGUGGGGCAGGCCAGGGUCUGUCUUCCUGUGGCCAAGAACAAGAAGUCUCCUUGACUGAAGCAUGCAAAGUUAACACUGACAUAGUCUUCUUGAUCCCUUCCCUGCUUCUGUCAUUGUUUAUCACAAGCAACUUCAUAUUUAAAGUAAAUAUAGUCCUCUCUAGCUGUUACUCAGUAAAUAUUUACAAAGAAAAUACCAUGUGAAAAUAAAUUAUGGAAUGUUGAGGACUUCUGAAGAAAAUAUUAAAAGUUUUAAAGUGAUGACAGGUUGCAGGCUAUGAUGUGUUACCUAGGAAUUGUUUGCAUAUAUCAUAACAGAAAUAUAUCCUUUGUCUUUUAACAGUUCAGCAUUAUUUACGUUAUUGAAAUUAAUUAUUACAUCCUAUGGUCUUACUUGAUGUUAAAAACAACUCUGAUGGUAUGUACAGAUGUGUAGUAUAAUUAAGUGCUAAUAGUAUUAGAAAUGCCCGAACUGAACAUUACAUCAGUUCUUUAGCCAUGAAAUAUAGACACCUACUUACUAAGAGAGAAGACCACUCUUAAAUGCCCCUUGGAAAAAAUCAAAAUGAGCUUGGUCAAACACACUUCAUCUAAGUCAUGUCACCUUUGUGCUCUGCGUUACUCAUGAUAGUUGCAAUAUGUAUUACUGUUGCAAUGAUGUUUUGGUAUACAUCAGUUUUAUUUGCACUUCAAGAAAAUGCAAGUAUUGUGCACAUGUAAUGCACAGUCUUCAGGUGGAAAAUAAAUAAAAAUUUGACAUUUGCA